AUGAAUCCGAAUGAGAGUGAAGACUGUUUGUUCGUUAAUGUCUACACUCCGUUCUCCUCUGGCGGUAAGCGACCGGUCUUAGUGUUCAUCCACGGCGGUGGUUACAGUGGAGGGUUUGGAGACGACGAUCUCUACGGCAGUCAGUACUUCAUGACGGAGGACGUGGUGGUCGUUACCUUCAACUAUCGCCUGGGAGUGCUGGGAUUUUUCAGUACCGGCGAUCGGGCGGCCGCUGGCAACUGGGGUCUUAAGGACUGCAUCGUGGCGUUGCGCUGGGUGCAGGAUCACAUCGCGUCAUUUGGUGGAGAUGCAAGCAGCGUUACGAUCUACGGUGAAUCUGCUG